CAUCGAUCAAUCAUUUUCCAACGCUAGAGGGUCACAUUCAACCAGAACUUCGAUUCAAGUGUUUUGUUUUUUGUCAAAUAUAAAUAAUUAUGAUUCCUUUUUUAUUCCUCUAUUUUAUAGCAACGCUGAAAGUUUUUAAAAAGACUACGCCUAACGGUAAUUUUGUACAUAUGACCGUUAAAAAAUAACUAGAAUACAUUUUUUUUUUCCAUAGGUAAAGUCACUGUUUACGUUGGCAAACGAGAUUUCAUCGACCAUCUGGACAGUAUAGAUCCGAUCGACGGAGUUGUCGUCGUCGAAAAUGACUAUUUACAGGGACGAAAAGUUUUCGGAAUGGUAAAGUUUAUUAGUGUUUCAACAAACGUUAAAAUUAAUAAUCUCUAUACAUUUUGUUUUCAGGUAUCCACAACUUAUAGGUACGGUCGAGACGAAGACGAGGUUAUGGGUGUUAAAUUCAGCAAAGAAAUGGUACUGGAUAGAAAUCAAAUCGUCCCGCCUAUAAAAGAAGUCUCGGAAUUGACUCCCAUUCAGAAAAAACUAAUGAAGAAAUUCGGUAGUAGUAAUGCGUUUCCGUUCGUGUUCCACUUCCCGGCAAAUUCGCCGUCUUCGGUAACUUUGCAGCCAGGUGACGAUGACAGUGGCAAGCCCUUAGGAGUCGAGUACAAUAUCCGAACGUACGUUUCGGACCAGGAAGACGACAGAGGAAAUCAAAGGUCUACCAUCGUGUUAGCCAUUAAAAAGGUAUAGUCUUUAUGGAUAUUUAACGGUAAUUUAACGCGUAUAAAUGCCAUGUAAAUACUCAGUUACAAUACGCUCCGCCAACAAGAGGCCAACGGUUGCCGAGUUCGUUGAUCAGCAAAGGAUUCACGUUUUCUCAUGGGAAAAUCAGUUUGGAAGUCACGUUGGACCGGGAAAUAUACUAUCACGGAGAGAAAGUCGUGGCCACAAUCGUCGUAAGCAACAGCUCAAGAAAAUCCGUAAAGAACAUAAAGGUGACUUGAAAAUAGAUAUAAUAAUAUUAUUAUCUUAAUCAAAUAAUUAUCAGCGACUGCAAUAAGAAUAAUAAUUAUGGCAUAGGUGUACGUGGUUCAACACACCGAGAUUACAAUGGUGAACGCCCAAUUUUCGAAAUUUGUCGCCAGUCUGGAAACCCGAGAAGGUUGUCCUAUUACACCAGGAGCCGCGUUCACCAAACAGUUCUAUUUGGUUCCGGUGGCGUCCAGCAACAAAGAUAGAAGAGGCAUCGCGCUGGACGGACGACUUAAGGUAAAUAUUUGAAAAAAAAAAAAAACGAUGUAUGCGUAAAUUAAAAAAAAAUCGUUUUAUUUGUAGGACGAUGACGUUAAUUUGGCGUCGUCCACGUUGAUAUCGGAAGGUCGAGGCCCAAGCGAUCAGACUGGUAUCGUUAUCUCGUAUUCGGUCAGAGUAAAGUUGAAUUGCGGCACUUUGGGCGGUGAACUCGUGACCGACGUACCGUUCAAACUCAUGCAUCCGAAUCCGGGUAAAUAUCGAACAUUAAACAUAUUAUUAUUAUUGUUGUAUACAGGGUAAACGAUUUACAAAAAAAAAAAACCGAUUUAAAACGUCGACUGAAAUUUUUAAAAUAUAAGAUACAUGUGUAAUAUUCGAGCGUAAGUCCGCAAAAACCAUAUCUAAUUAUUAUGAAUGGUGUAUACAAUAUACUCAUACUAUUAAAAUAAUUUCUUAUUAUAUAGCGUCCAACGAUUCGACUGUACAGCCCAAACAACCGCAAAAAGGCGUGCUGAAGAAGAUGAAGAGUUCGGACAGAAUGAAAUAUCAAAAGAGUUUUGCGGACGACGACGAGGACAACAUAGUGUUCGAAGAUUUCGCGAGACUCAGGUUGGCCGACGAAUAAAUACGGAACAUAAAAAAUAAAAUAACGGACCGGGAAAAAUAUUGAAAAAAAAAAAAAAAAUAUAAUAAUACUGUCUAUAAUAUUAAAAAUAUAUCGUUUUGAAAAUAUGUGUUUUGUGCUUAAAAUUUGGUAGGAAACCGGGGAUAAAUAUUGUAACAUUAUUAUUGCUGUCAUUGCCGAAAAAUUAUCUUUAUUUUCAUGAUAUUAUAAGGAUUAACAUCUGUAUUUAGGAAUAAUUAGAUAAAGUGGGGGGAUGGGGUGGGUAAAAAAAAAAUAACUUUUUAUGUGCGUUGAAAAUGUAUUUUUAAUACAAGUUUUCAUUUAUUAUUUACACGCUUAGUGGGAAGAGAGUCUCAGUCUCCGUAGCCCCCGUCUCCCUUGUGUCCGCCCCUGCCUAUAUUAUAAUAUUAUGCAAUAUUAAAUCAGAGUUUAUAGCCGUCUUCUAUUAUACGUAAUACAUAACAAUAUAAUAUACAGGCCGUACUCGAUAUUGAAAUAUAAAUAUUUUCCGAUUUAUAAGUAUAAUAUAAUUAUUAAGUAUCCACGCCGUCAUAACCUGAAAUACUGGAUUCGAUUCCCAGACGAAUAUCCCUUAUAAAAAAAAAAAAAAAAAAAACCGUUCGGUUUAUAGGGAGAAUAUGUCAUCGGCAAUAACCUUUACGGCGAUCCCGAACCGGAAUAUUCGGUAUCGGUAUACUGGUUCGAUUUCCGUUUUUCACACCUUUGACCCCAUCGGCUAACAUUCACAUACAUAUCCAGUUUUACACCGACACCUACCCCUCCCGACGAGGGAUUCGCAGUCGCACGCAUUUCGGAAUACGUUUAUAAUUGUAAAUGUUUUUUUUUCCUCUUUUUAUUAUUUUAAACUAUUAAAUUCGUGCUUGACGUAGGUAUAGGUAUAGGAGCCUACUUGAAAAACGCGUACCUAUAUUUAGAAAUAAUAAUAAUAAUCAUAUUACCGAUGGACAAUUAUUCACUUUAUAACAAAUAAUAACAUAUAAAUAAGUAAAUAUUAUUAUCGUAUAAUAAUAUUUUAUCGACCUAAAUUAUAUUGUAAUAAUUGAUAAGAUAUUAAUGUUAUAUAGUUGAUAUUGAUAAUUAUCAUAUUUAUUAAUUAUAAUGUUAUAAUGUAG